GAAUUUUUUCAUAAAGGAAAAAAAAAAAGUUCGGCGCGAUCGAAAUUUUGUUGGAUUUUAUCGUGGGCAAUCCUCCUCCGAGUCCGCCGUCGCUUGCACCCUCUCGUAGCUCCUUAAGAUACCUAGGUAAUAUACAUACAUAAUCUAUCGGUUUAGCACAUAUAAGCGACCAGAUAAUCUACUUUUUCAAGCACCUUUCCUAGAUUAUCCCGCUUUACAACCCAUAAUGGCGCCGAUGGUCACUGGUAAGGAGCGCGAGUCGAAUCUGGCUCGGCUCCUCGGUUCUGGUUCCGCCGGUAUUGCCGAAUUGGCUGUCUUCCAUCCUGUCGAUACCAUUGCGAAGCGAUUAAUGAGCAAUCAGACAAAAAUCAAGAAUACCAGCGAGCUAAACAAGGUCAUCUUCAAGGACAAGGCAGAGGCAGCAUUCGGUCGAAAGUUCGUCUCGCUUUUCCCGGGGUUGGGUUAUGCCGCCGGAUACAAGGUUUUGCAAAGGAUAUACAAGUACGGUGGUCAGCCAGUUGCUAGGGAUUAUCUUGCGCAACACUAUGGCAAGGACUUUGAAAACGCAUUCGGAAAGAAAACCGGCAAGGCUAUUAUGCACUCGACUGCUGGAAGUUUAAUCGGUAUCGGAGAGAUCGUGUUACUUCCCUUAGAUGUCCUAAAGAUUAAACGCCAGACCAACCCCGAAGCAUUCCGAGGACGAGGUAUCUUCAAGAUCAUCUCCGAUGAGGGCUUCGGAUUAUAUAGAGGUUGGGGAUGGACCGCGGCACGCAAUGCUCCUGGUUCAUUUGCGCUAUUCGGUGGUUCGGCAUUCACUAAGGAGUACGUCUUCGCAUUAAAUGAUUACAAUAAGGCAUCGUGGUUCCAGAACUUCAUCGCUUCCAUUGCCGGUGCUUCGGCUUCAUUAGUCGUAUCCGCCCCUCUAGACGUCAUUAAGACCCGUAUUCAAAACAGAAAUUUCGAGAACCCCGAAAGCGGCUUCCGAAUCUUGACCAAUAUGGCCAAGAAUGAAGGCUUCACCAGUUUCUUUAAAGGAUUAGUACCUAAGCUUCUCAUGACUGGACCCAAGCUAGUAUUCUCCUUCUGGCUUGCUCAGACGCUUAUCCCAGCAUUUGACACGAUGUUGAAAUAGAAAGUUAAUGAGGUGUUCUCAAGCCUCCCUUACCGGGGAUAAAAUGUGACGUCGGCCGGGGAUAUGUAUGAUAGAUCUGGGUGCCUAUAGUCCGCUGUAUGUAUAUACGAUUGGAGCCGGCGUUUUUUUACGGUCGUGGACAACUAGCGGUACAAGGGGCGGACUCUAUCGGUUUGGACUUACUGCUUAGAUGAUUACGAAGACUUCGAUACGAUAGAUGAGGGGUUUUCUACCUAUUUGCUGGGCUGGAGUGAAAGAAAAAACUCGACUCUUGUCAAUAUUCCAUGAAUCCCGUACCUAAGUACCUACCUAGGAAUUUAGAUGCUAAAGGGUUUAUUAUCCGUGGUUGCAGAGAUACCGUAAGAUGUGUAGAUGGUCACAUGGGAAGUAUAACCCUUGUAUUAUCCUGACGGUUUAAUCAUGAAAUAAUCAGUUCUAAGAUAACACGCUACACUAAAGAUGACAAAUAUUCAGGUUUAAAA